AUGGCCAAGAUAAGUCAAACCAAACAUUCAAGCACCAAGUGGCCGUUAGCUCAUACUAACAUCAGAGGGUAUAUAGGAAUCAUUGGUUAUGAAUUAGCAGAUUCACAACCAGGCAACAGGAUUUCAGUUAAUCACUCCGUCAAAUCAAGGCAAACCUCGCCCAGGGACACAGACUCCGAUUCCAAGUGA